AUGCAUUCAACACUGGUGCGCAUACAAAAUGCCUUUGGCUUCUUCACCACGGUAGCCUUCUCCGUCGCGGCCGUCAUCGCGCUGUCAACCUUCAUCCAUCCACAAGUACCCAAGGCCACGGUGGGGUUGCGGAAUGUACAGGUGGUACGAGGGAGACCGCACUACUACAGCUACAAGAAGGAGGAGUACGCGCAUAUAAAAUUCGACUUGGACACUGAUCUGUCCACUCUCUUCAACUGGAACACCAAGCAGGUUUUCCUGUACCUAAAAGCCGUCUAUCCCUCUACUAAAGCUGGUGAGCCCGACUCCGAAGCCAUCAUCUGGGACGCCAUUCUCCCAGGCGCCGCCGCUCCCUGGCACCAGAACCACUACAUCCACCCGACCCCUAAGGGCACCAAGAAGCCUAAGAAUUCCAAGAACUCUCAAGCGAAAUCGCACAUGCCCGCCGGCAUCAUCAAGCUCGACAACCAGCGCCCAAAGUACCAGAUCACCGAUAUAUCAGGGAAGCUGCAGAACAGGACGGAUGCGAGGCUGGAGCUAGGCUGGAACGUGCAGCCUUGGGUCGGCGCGCUGUUGUGGGAGAACUGGAACGACUAUGGCAUGUGGAAGGGGUUGCAAGGUGGGAAGAGCGAGCUUUUCGAUUUCCCUGCGAUUGGCGCCAAAAGCGCGAAGAAGGAGAAGCUAGAUGUAGAGAAGGGAAAGGAAGGCCAUCGCUUGAUGGCUGGCCAGGAGCAGCCCAGGAAGAGCAACUGA